AUGAACAAUGACUCUUCCUCAAAAUAUUCUCCGAUACGGAAGAACGCUCACUCACCAACACCGUAUUUGCCCUCAAAAACCCCCAAUGGCGAUGAACCUUCGAAAGCUACUAAUGAGAAAAGACUCAUUGCUCAGAGGUUCAAGCUAGACUUGGAAGCUGCUCACGCCGACGAAGCGGCUUCGCAGUCUCUUAGCCCGCUAGGUCUUGUCCCAGGCUAUCCAGAUUCGAAGAGACAUACUUAA